GCGUCGUCCAGCAUUGCGUCCGGUGCGGCGCGGCGCAAGGCUUGCUGGGAGACACAUAACCUCGAUUUUCUUCCGCCAGCCGGCUAAAUAGUCCCAUGUGCACAUUGUUCUACAGAUAAAUAAACAGUAGGAACGCAAUUUCCACCCUAGAUUUCAGCAGAAAUGCUGAAUAUAAGGGAAUAUUUGAGUAAAGUGAGUUGCUGUUCUUGACGCCCGUCUCCUAAGGAUUCUCCCGGUGUGCGCGUAGGGAUCUCAUGCUAUAUAAGAGGGCCCUGCCAGGCAGCGCCUCCUCUCUUUGGUCCGUAAGUCCAAAAUGACAAAGAAAAGAAGGAACAACGGUCGUGCCAAAAAGGGCCGCGGCCAUGUGCAGCCUAUUCGCUGCACUAACUGUGCCCGAUGCGUGCCCAAGGACAAGGCCAUUAAGAAAUUCGUCAUUCGAAACAUAGUGGAGGCCGCAGCGGUCAGGGACAUUUCUGAAGCGAGCGUCUUUGAUGCCUAUGUGCUUCCCAAGCUGUAUGUGAAGCUACAUUACUGUGUGAGUUGUGCAAUUCACAGCAAAGUAGUCAGGAAUCGAUCUCGUGAAGCCCGCAAGGACCGAACACCCCCUCCCCGAUUUAGACCUGCGGGUGCUGCCCCACGUCCCCCACCAAAGCCCAUGUAAGGAGCUGAGUCCUUAAGACUGAGACAGACUAUUCUCUGGAGAAAAAUAAAAUGGAAAUUGUACUUAA